AUGAAACAGCAGAAAGGAUACAGCCGCAAUGGUAAUAGUGCUUUCAAGGUUUCGAAAACUGUAAAUUUUAGAGGAAAAAUUGGCGAUGAAAGCGAUGAGCAUAGCGACGACGAUAUUGUCGAGCGUAUACAAAAUAAGCACCGAUUGAAAGAAUGUUCAAGAAGCCUUUUGAAAUUGAGACAAACUCUCCCGGUUUAUAAAAGCAGGGAAGCGAUAUUGGGUCAUAUCAAUAAGAAUUCUGUCACAAUUUUGAUCGGUGAGACGGGUUCGGGGAAAUCGACUCAAAUUCCACAAUUUCUAUUAGAUCAACUUGGGAACGGCAAUAAGAAAAAAAUUGCCGUUACUCAGCCCCGUAGAGUCGCGGCUAUCAACUUGGCGUCACGGGUUGCCCAAGAACACGGAUGCCGCUUGGGUGACAGGGUUGGAUAUUCCGUGAGAUUCGAUAAUAAAUCGGGCUCGAGGACUAGACUGAAAUAUCUUACGGAUGGUAUGCUUUUAAGAGAAUUGAUGCUCAACAAGAAGUUGAGUGAAUACUCGCAUGUGAUUAUAGAUGAGGCGCACGAGCGAACCAUUUUGACGGACUUGAUACUUGGGUUUUUGAAAGAGUUGCUCAAUGGUGCUAGACCAGACUUGAAAGUUAUCGUUAUGUCUGCCACUUUACAAGCCGACAAGUUUAGCAAUUUUUUCGGUGGGGCGCCGAUCUUGUUUGUCGAGGGCCGUAAAUUUCCCGUCGAGCGAAACUGCUUGAAGGAGCCCUGCGACGACAUUGUCGACGCCGUAGUGCGAUGCUGCGUGCAAAUCAAUCAAUCCGAGCAGACAGGCGAUAUCUUGUGUUUCUUGCCCGGUCAGGAAGAAAUCGACAAAGCGGUUCUGGUGCUGAAAAAGAUUUGUGAACAUUUAGACAAUUCAAUGCCGCGUCUCGUGCCGCUGCCAUUAUACGCAGCUUUACCACCAGCGGAGCAGAACAAGGUUUUUUUACCAAUCAAGGGAUUCAAGCGCAAAGUCGUUCUUUCGACCAAUAUAGCCGAGACCUCCGUUACGAUUCCAGGCGUGAAGUACGUGGUAGAUUCCGGGCUGCGUAAGGUCAAAGUUUGGCGUCAUCAGCUCGGACUCGCGACGCUGCUGACAGUUCCAAUUUCAAAAGCAAGUGCUGCUCAAAGAACCGGUCGUGCUGGCAGAGAAAGCGCCGGCAAGUGUUUCCGAUUGUAUCGCGAACAAGAUUUUUUCAAAUUGCCAGCGCAGACAGAGGCUGAGAUUGCUAGAAGCGACGUCGUGUCACCGGUACUGUUUUUGAAAAAAAUCGGUGUCAAGGACCUCGUAAACUGGUCUUGGCUCGAGAGCCCAGGCAAAGAGGCCAUUUUGCUUGCGUUGCAGGAACUGUACCAAUUAGGGGCCCUGGAUGACAGCGGGACCAUCACUAACAGAGGACAACAGAUGGCGUUACUGCCGUUGGCACCACAUCUCAGUAGCGUGCUGCUUCGCGCACAUGAGACCGGAUGUCUGCUACCGGUAAUAGACAUAGUGUCGUGUCUUACUGUCGAGAACCUGCUCCUGAACCCGCAACCCGAACAACGAGACCAAGUGAACGAACGUCGGUUUUCCGUCGCUACCAAAGGCGCGACCCACGGCGACCUUAUUAUGUUGAAAGAGCUCUACGAUGCGUACGGGUCGUUCAGCGACAGAGGCGAGCAGAAGGACUGGUGCAAAGAGUUGUGUAUUUCCCAGCGUGGAUUCAAGAAUGUUGUCAAGGUAAGGGCCCAGUUGGUGUCGUACAUGGAGCGACUGUUCCUAUUCCGAGCAGGCGAUGCUGCAAACGUCGUGAACGACACAAGCGACACCCUCGACGUUGAGUCGAUUCUCAAGUGUUUUCUCGCUGGUUUCGUUAAGAACACGGCCAUCGGGAUGCCCGACAGAUCAUUCCGAACCGUGACUACGGGCGAGCCCAUCUCGGUGCACCCCUCCUCGAUGCUGUUUAUGGACGGAACAUGUCCUGCGAUCUUGUAUAUCGAGUACGUGUUUACUACGAAGGGCUACGCUCGGAACGUGAGCCGCAUAGAGCUGUCGUGGCUCCAAGAGGUAGCCGGGUUAACCGCGGCAAAGGAGAGUGCUCGCUGA